UCCGGCCGAGACCGACAUCGGCUUGCUCGGCGAACGGGACUCGCCGGAGGCGAGGCUGGCCACAGGCCUUGUUUGCAGACAGACUCCGGCCGGUUGGCUUGGCGACAACAGCAACUGGGUCUGAUCCUGCGCGUCCGUGUCCGCCUGCCUGCGAGGGUUGGAGAGGAGGCCUAUGGGCCCGGGCUUCACGAAGGAGUGGUCGCGGUUGCGGAACGAGUUUGCUUUACGUUUGGCCAGAUUGCGCUGUUUUAUCUCCUUCCGGUCACUGGCGCCGCAAGAGGGGUUGAAUUAAAUUUGACAUUUUGGUACCAAGUGAGCAUAGAAAGUGGAGAAAAAUUACAUCAUACAUAA